AUGUCUAAUAACAAUGCUUCAACAAAAAAAAUUCAAUGUGCUGUACAAAAUGGACUUCUUGCUUUAUUAAUUAAAGAAAAUCAUGCAACAAUUAUAUUUAAAAAACCUAUAAAAAGAAGAUGUAAAUAUUUUAGUUCAACACCAUUAGUAAUAACUCAAAUUAAUAGUGAUAUUUUAGGAACGAUAGAUGUACAAAAAGAAAUAGAGACAGGAAGAUUUUCAAGUCAACAAGAAUUAGUAGUACAAAUAUUAAAACAAUAUAAUUAUGUUAUUACUUUUAAACAAACAAGAAAAAACUCAAAAACUCCUAAAGAUAUUAUUUUACAAGUAAGUUCUUUAAGUGGAACAAAUUAUAAAUUAGAAGAUUUAAUAAAAUCAGGAAUUACUUUAGAAUUAUAUCUUCGUUCUCAAAAUACUAAUUUAAUAAAAACUGAUUAUUCAGUAUUCUUUUCUUAA